GCGUCACUUCCGGGAAGAGCGCGCCUCAAUCAGAAUGGGGGCAGGAGUAGCUUGUACUAAAGGCGACUGCGAUUGACUUUUUUUCAUUCUCCCGCAUGACGUUUUUCUGGGUAGGUGGCCGGCUACCGCCGUGAUUCAUGUAUUAGUGGUGCACGGGUUGUCACUUUUCUACAAGUCUUCCAGGCUGAAGGGAAAACUUGUCUAGGUCCUCAUAGUUGAGAAAUCGCUAAGAGGUGAAGUUGAGCCCAGAGCUACACAUAUAGCUAAUCUUAUGAAAAUGUGUGGACGGAAAGCAAUCUGAAGGAAAUUGGGGACCACAGAAUUUACUGGCUGAAAUACAUUGUAUUUGUUCAUACCAAGAGUGGAGGACUAUUUUUUUUUUCCUGCUAAAAUCACAAUGGAGGCAGAAGAACAGCAACAACCAUGGAAGACAGACUUUUACUUGGAAUUGCCAAAAGUGGAACUUCAUGCCCACUUGAAUGGAUCCAUUAGUUCUAAUACCAUGAAGAAAUUAAUAGCUAAGAAGCCAGAUCUUAAAAUCGAUGAUCAGAUGACUAUGAUUGACAAGGGAAAGAAACGAACUUUAGAAGAAUGUUUCCAGAUGUUUCAAACUAUUCAUCAGCUUACUAGUAGCCCUGAAGAUAUUCUAAUGGUCACAAAAGAUGUCAUUAAAGAAUUUGCAGAUGAUGGUGUCAAGUACCUGGAACUAAGGAGCACACCCAGAAGAGAAAAUGCUACUGGAAUGACUAAAAAGACUUAUGUGGAAUCUAUACUUGAGGGCAUAAAACAGUCUAAAGAAGAAAACUUAGACAUUGAUGUUAGGUAUUUGAUAGCAAUCGACAGAAGAGGUGGCCCUUCAGUGGCCAAGGAGACUGUUAAACUUGCUGAAGAGUUCUUCCUUUCUACUGAGGGAAUAGUUCUUGGCCUUGACCUCAGUGGAGACCCUACUGUAGGACAAGCAAAAGACUUCUUGGAACCUCUUUUAGAAGCUAAAAAAGCAGGUCUGAAGUUGGCAUUGCAUCUUUCGGAGAUUCCAAACCAAAAAAAAGAAACACAAAUGCUCCUGGAUCUGCUUCCUGACAGAAUCGGGCAUGGAACAUUUCUCAACUCCUGUGAGGGAGGAUCCCUGGAUCUGGUGGACUUUGUGAGGCAGCACCGUAUACCACUGGAACUCUGUUUGACCUCAAACAUCAAAAGUCAGACAGUUCCAUCUUACGACCAGCAUCAUUUUGGAUUCUGGUACAGCAUUGCCCAUCCUUCUGUGAUCUGUACUGAUGAUAAGGGUGUUUUUGCAACACUCCUUUCUCAAGAGUACCAGCUGGCAGCUGAAACAUUUAAUUUGACCCAGUCUCAGGUGUGGGAUCUGUCUUAUGAAUCCAUCAACUACAUCUUUGCUUCUGACAGUACCAGAUCUGAACUGAGGAAGAAGUGGAAUCAUCUGAAGCCCAAAGUGUUACAUUUUUAAGCUGUAAUGAGGUUAACUACUUUUGACUAUGUGUUGCAACCAAGAUCUUCCUGCCAUAUCCCACUUAGUAAUCUGUCCACUGCUCCCUUGGAAGCAUAACAAUCAAGUACAUGGUGGGUGUUUAGGAAAAAUUUCUUAAACUGCCUAGCAGGCUGAGGUCUUAACAUAGCUUACCUCCGUGCUGCUUACUGGAAGGAACUUGAGUGUUGUUGCUAACCAAACUCCCUGUUAAAUUAGCAGUCCCUCCCCAUUAGUGAUCAUAAAACAUCAGGGAAAUCAAAGUAGUUUCUCACCCGGAAAAGCUUUGGAAUUACUAGUUUAAGGUAAAGAAAGGGGAAAACAGAUUGCUGCCAAGACCAUUAAGCUUUCUAGCUCAUGACAAUAGCUUUAUUUUUUUUUUUUGUGCUUAUUUUAAUCAUAUUCCCUUCACUUUAACUUUUUAAAAGUAUUCCCCAGGACUAUUGACAGCAGGCCACAAUGCACCCCAUGGAUCUGUGUGAGGGCCCAGUAGUCAGGGUUAAUCUACUUUGAGUGACUCUAGUGACAGAUAAAGCUAGCUGCUAAAAUCUGGCUUUGCCCUUCUCAUGAAUGUCCCAUCAGUAUUUGAAAGGGAUUGAAGUCAUUGCACCAAUUUAGGAAUAAAAGGAGUGACAGAAUAGCUGGACAAGGGGUGAGAGAGAUAGAAACUGCUGCAGGUUUCAUUUCUAAAACAGCUUCUAUCACUUUUUCUUUGUGGAAGCUACCAGGAUUCCCACCCCAGUACUCACUUUCUCCUCAUUCCAAAAGAUCCCACUAGUAGUGAAACAUCGUGGUAAAUAGGGUCUUUGGGUCUCUUGUAACCCCACCCCUACAUGACGGACCAAUGGCACAGCCUUAUAUAAACUCCCACAUGUCCCAUGGCCACUCAGCUGAGGACAAGGGACUAACUAAGAUCAGUUCUGAACAGUAAGAAAAAUAAUUUAUUAGAUACUAGGGUAUGCUUGAAUUGCUUAAAAUGUAUGUUUUCCCCUAGUAUUAGAGUAAUUUAAGGCUGAUGACACCCAUAAUUUAAAUUACUAAGGGUUUUUCUAUCUGUCUUUUUGUGAUAUUUUAAAAUAUAUAUUUGGUCUUUGACCCUGUUUCCUGGCAUACAAGUCCUAAAAUAAUUAGAAUCUCCAAAGUGAUGUGUUUUUGUAUGCUAAUAAUUGACUGAAGACAGGCAGCCUCUAGGUAGCUGGGGGCUGGUCACCAGAAAGACCAAGACAUGAUUGGUGAUCUCCCAGGAAGGGAGAGGGGCUGAAGGUUAAGUUGAUCACCAGUAGUUUAAUCAAUCAUGCCUACAUAAUGAAGCUUCCAUAAAACUCAAAAGGACAUAUUUCAGAGUGCUUGUAGGUAGUGGAACAUGUGGGGGUUCCUGGAGGGUGGUGUACCGAUAGAGGGCAUGGAAGCUUCUCCUGCCCCCAUACCUUGCCCUAUGCAUCUCUACAUCUGUAUCCUUUGUACUGUCCUUUAUAAUAAACUAGUAAAUCUAA